GUAAUAGUCAAUGAUCAAUCGCAAAUUUGACAUCGCAUCAAAAAAAUUAUUGUUCUAUGUAAAUAAAGAUAUUCAAAAAAAAAAAAAAAAAAUUUCUGAUAUUUCACAAUGGGCAAAGGAAGCCGAACAAAGGUUUCAACAGCUCAGAAUUUUCAACUAUCUACUUCUGAAAGCUCUAGCGAUCAUUUUACUAGUUCGGCUAUGAAAGUAGAACAAGAGGGACCUGCUAAAAAACAGCGAUAUGUAUCAAAGCGAAGAGAAGACGAUCCAGGCUGGAAAGAAGAGGAGCCUCCGUAUUACUUUCUUUUUACCACAUAUUUAUCAUAUUUAGUACUUAUUUGUUUUGGUCAUCUGCGAGAUUUUUUUGGAAAAAGAUUUUUAAGCAAAAAUUAUAAACACUUGAAAGAACAGAAUGGAUAUGCACCAUUAAAUUCUGAUUUUGAUAAUUUUUAUGUUCGUAGAUUAAAAUUAAGAAUUAAUGAUUGUUUCAAUCGACCAGUUACAGGAGUUCCAGGAAGAAAAAUUACCUUAUUAGAAAGAGAAACCAAAGAUUAUUGUAAAACAUUUCAAUUAACAGGAACUAAAAGAGAUUGUUUAAAUUUAAGUAGUUAUAAUUAUUUAGGAUUUGCACAAAGUCAAGGACCUUGUGCUGAUGCAGUUGAACAAACAGUUAGAAAGUAUGGAAUUUCGACAUGUAGCCCUAGAAAUGAAGUUGGAACAUCAAAUUUACAUCUACAAGUUGAAUCAUUGGUAGCAAAAUUUGUAGGAAAGCCAGCAGCAAUGCUUAUUUCAAUGGGAUAUGCUACUAAUAGUACAACAAUACCAGCAUUGGCAUCAAAGGGAUGCCUCAUAAUUUCUGAUGAACUUAACCAUAGUUCUAUAGUAUUUGGUAGUCGUCUUGCUGGGGCUUUUAUUAGAGUAUUUAAACAUAAUAAUAUGACAGAUUUAGAAUCCUUGUUGAAAGAAUGUAUUAGUCAAGGUCAACCACGUACACAUCGACCAUGGAAAAAAAUACUUUUAAUUGUGGAGGGAUUAUAUUCCAUGGAAGGAAGUAUAUGUAAUCUUCCAAAAAUCAUCGAAUUAAAAAAGAAAUAUAAGUUUUAUUUAUACGUGGAUGAAGCGCAUAGCAUUGGAGCACUAGGACCACAUGGAAGGGGAGUGUGUGAUUAUUAUGGAAUAGAUCCUAAUGAAGUUGAUAUAUUAAUGGGAACGCUUACAAAAUCAUUUGGAGCAGCAGGAGGAUAUAUAGCAGCAGACAAAAAUAUCAUCAAUCAUUUACGACUUACAAAUCAUGCUACUAUAUAUGCAGAAUCAAUGACUCCAAUUGUACUUCAACAGAUAUAUACUUCAAUGUCUAUUAUAAUGGGAGAAGAUGGAACGAAUGAAGGACAAGAAAGAUUAGAAAGAUUAGCAUUUAACUCAAGAUAUUUAAGUACUAAUUUGAGAAGAUUAGGGUUUAUUGUUUAUGGCGACCGUGAUUCACCCAUUAUACCUCUUUUAUUAUUUAAUCCUGCAAAAAUUCCGGCAUUUUCUAGAGAAUGUCUAAAGAGAAAUUUAGCAGUUGUAGUUGUUGCAUAUCCAGCUACACCAAUGAUAUCAUCAAGAGCAAGAUUUUGUAUAUCAGCAGCACAUACAAAAGAAGAUAUUGAUGAAAUAUUAAAAAUAUGUAAUGAGAUAGGGGACAUAUUACAACUUAAAUUAUCAAGUAACAAAAUUCGAUAUACAAUUGAAGAAGUUUUAAGGGAUGGGGAAAAUAAUUUAUAAUGAUAUAAUAAUGAUAAU